CUCCUACCCCUCUCACCAGCUAUAUAAACUGAAGAGUGAGGUGAUAUCUGCACUAAUACCAGUCUGCUCCUGACCAUCACUAUCUUCAUCAUUCUCUUCAUCAUCAUCAUCAUCAUCAUCAUCAUCAUCAUCAUCAUCAUCAUCAUCAUUAUCAGUCAUGAGCUCUCGUUCUCUCCUGCUGGUUCUGCUGGUUCUCGCCUGCCUUCAGUCCUUCACAACAGCCCAGAAUGGACAUGUACCAUAUCAGUGCUGUUACAGAUUUCUGACACGACCAAUCCCUGUAAGAGUCAUUACAGAUUAUGAAGUAACAGAGCUUCGGUGUGCAAAACCUGGAGUCAUCUUUACUCUACAGGACGGUCGUCAUGUGUGUGUAGAUCCCAGCUUCAAGUGGGUGAAGAAUCACAUGAAGAAAAUUGACCAGCAUCUAUUUAACAGUCUGAACAAACCUGAAUGUGAGUGA